UGUAAUCGGCCCUGGUUCGACAGAUUCAAUCGCCAGUCAAUCAACGCUCAUCGCUCAUCGCUCAUCGCCCAAUCAAUCCACCAUUCAUUCCAUCCCCAAUCAUUCCCUCAUUCCCCUACGGAGCAUUAUGAGAACCCCGUCCCCAGUCCCCCAGAUGGGACUGGAACUGUUCCUGUAUACUAUGGUACGGACCGUCAUGAUAGUCUGUAUCCUGGGUGAUGUCGACUGGAUUGUUGGUCGCAGAAUACGAAGCAGGGCCUUGCUGUCGUCGUCUUUUAGGGAGGUGCUAUUUCCUGUGAUCUCAUCCUCCCGUAUCCCCGUGUGCCCUCUGAGCCUGACCCGGGACCCCGUGGAGUGUCAUUGAGUGUCACUCGGGCCCUAGCAGUAGCACAACGCCCGUAAAGCAGCGCGACAAAGUUA